ACGGUGUUAUACUCCUGGGGGCCAAAGGGGACCCUGAUUGCUUUGUUUUGUGCCAUGUGAGUACUAUGUCCAACAGGAUGGCUGGUGGACGAGAGACAUGUUUGCCUUUGAUUGGAUUCAUUCUUAUCUGUCUUAAAAUGGUUGCUUCAGCAAAAUCAGCUCCUGAAAUACCCACCAUUGAUCAGGCAUAUUCAAAACUCAGCAACAGUAUCACUGUGGAAUGGGCUACAGUGCCGGGUGCCACCAGUUACCUCCUCACGGCUGAAGACGGGGACACAGUCAUUGAAACCAUGGUGGCCAAUUCCCCAGGCACUGUGACGGGACUAAAGGCUGCAACCUUGUAUGAAAUCACCAUCAGAUCCAUCAGCGCUGCUGGGAGAAGCCAGGCAUCACCUCCAAAGCAGGCAAAGACAGUGUUGGCUGCACCAAUUCUAGAAGUAAGCUCUCCAAGUUCAGACUCCAUUCUUGUGCAGUGGGAAGCUGUAUAUAUGGCAAUUGGAUUCUCCGUGUCCAUUAUGCGAGCCAAUGGCUUGGGGAGUAUAUGGAAAGAGAAUACUACAAACACCUCCUUGACAUUCACCAGUUUAGAAGCUGGGACUCUCUACACCAUAAAGGCCUAUGCAUGGAAUGCCAACAGAAUCCCUGGGGAUGACUCCACCUGCAAUCAGAGAACAAGUCCUCGGGCCCCUGCCAACAUUCAAGUCUCUUUCGAUAGUGGAGCUCUGAAGGCAUCUUUUUCAUGGGCACUGGCAGAAGGAGCUUUCAAUUAUACUGUGAUGGCUUUGAGUGACUCUUCAGAGCUGACCUGCAGUACAACUUUCAGUUCCUGCACCAUCUCUUCCCUCCAGUGUGGAACUGAAUACUUGAUUUCAGUUUUAGCAAGUAAUGAUGCUGGAUCUAGCAAAUCAUCUUCAACAAUGACCCUGAAAACUGUUGCUUGUGCACCCGGAAGAGUGACGAUCCAAGAAGAUUCCCCUGGCCACCUGUCUGUGGCUUGGUCCAGUGUAGAUCUGGGUGACUACUAUGUGGUCUUUGUGAAGAGUGAUGAUGGCUUGGAAGUACACUGCAACACAUCUCUCACUCAGUGCAACUUCUUAUCUGAGUGUGGCUUCACUUAUUUUAUUAGUGUUUUUGCCUAUAACAAGGCAGGGCAAAGUCCUUUGGGUGACAUAUUCAAUUAUACCACAGCUCCCUGUUGUCCUAGUGACAUUAACCCCGUGUUGGUGUCCAGUGACAGAGUUGAGAUUGUCUGGUCUCCUGUCCGUGGUGCCGAACUGUAUGAAACCAAGGCUGUAGAUGGGUACAACGUGGUUGAGUGCAAUGACACUACUCCUGCGUGCACCCUUUCGGCUCUAGAGUGUGACACCAAGUACAACAUCACAGUGUAUUCAUUCAGUGAAGUCCGAGGCAGCAAUAUGUCAUGUACUCCCCAGUUCAUAACCACAGCUCCUUGCAGUCCUGAAAUAAAAAAUGUUUCAAGGGAUGCAUUCUCCAUGAUUAAUGUGCACUGGCGAUCCACUAAUGAUGACGCUACUUACACGGUGACUGCCCAAGGGGAGAAAGGACUGUAUCAGUGCAGCAGCACAGGAGAGUCCUGUACCAUGCGGGGCUUGCCCUGUGGCUCAGUGUUCUCUGUCACUGCUGUGGCCGAAACACAGGCAGGACGGAGCCUGCCCAGCUACAGUGUGCCCCUGGAAACAGUGCCAUGCUGUCCAACCGGCCUGACAGUAACUCAAAUCACCCAGUCAGUAAUCAACGUGAGCUGGACUAUUGGGAGAGUGGCUCAAACCCAUGUUGCAGUUCUGGAGUCACACACUGGACAGUCUAAGUGUCACACUCAUCAAAACCACUGUCUCCUAGGAUGCAUCACAUGUGGCAUCAAUUACACAGUGACAUUAAAAGCAAUAAGUGCCACAGGGUUGACUGCGGAUUGCUCCUACCAAAGUUAUUUCUCUGGUGCCUGCUGCCCUUUGGGGGUGAAAUUAUAUAGGCUGGGCCCUAAUGGCAUCCGGAUCUACUGGCAAGCCUCCAGGGGCUCUGCCAAUUACAGCACUGACCUCUAUGGCUCCAAAGGCAUUUUCACGUGCACCCCGAGUGCUGGCCUCAGUUUCUGUGAUGUUACUGAGAUACCCUGCGGGGAUGUAUACACUGUGAUGGUCUCACCAGUUGCUGAAACAGGAUUGAAGCUUACUUUCUGUCCAAAAAAAAUAUAUUCAGUAACUUGCUCUGGAAGUACACUUGGAAUGGUGAUUUAUAGAGGGAAGAGAAAUGAAGAAUGACAAAGUGAGCCCCAGAUAAAAACAAAAACUUGACCAAAGUUGUCUCAUUUGUUAGUGAUUAGAGAUGGAAAAGAUCUACUAGAAUGUAGAAUAAAAAUGCCUCUAGGAUAGGAAAAGCUCCUUUGGCCUUUAGAAGAACAACUCUGACUCUGCUUCCUGAGGGCAAGGUCAGGUGUGUCCUCACCUGCACAGCAGUUGGAGAUCUGCUAUGUGAGGACUCUGGAGAGAAAUGAAUCCAGAAAGUCCCCUGGAUGGCUGCUAGCCUGAGUUGGCACACUGUGAGAACCCUGGAAACAAGAAAGUUCUGCUUAACAGAAAUUCUGAGAUUUCACAUCCACACACACCACAGACUUCAACACAUCCACUUCAUGAGUGUUUUACAACAGCACUUGUCUGCAGCCCCCUCAGGGGCUGGAAAUGUUCACUCCCAGAAAGUCAAGCCACCCACAUGCAGACAGCACUUAUCCCAAGACAAACCUCCAGCAGGACUUCAGUAUAGGUUGGAAAGCAGUAGCUGCCAGGGCAACCUGAGAUAACAAACGCCCUCAUCGCAAGUUAGGAGCAAAGCUGAGCUGCUUGCAGGGUUCGCUGAGCCAAAGCAUCAGGUGGCGUGACAUCUAUGGGAGCAUCUGGGAAAGCAGAGCUGCCAGCCUGUUGCUAGAAGGGUUGCAGUUAUGCUUUCUGCAUGAGAGAAGAUGUCAAAUGGAGAGCCUCAAACUGUGGCCGACUGACAUGCGUGCAUCUUUUGGGAGGAGGACCAUCCAUCUUAUUGGCCAUAUCCCCCACUCAUACUGUAAUUACUUUUUUCGCCUUUGGAGGGGGAAGGCAAUGAAAUAUAACAUAGAUCUCUCAUACCUAAAAAAGUUUGUCCUUCAAAUAUCAGUAACCUAAUUUAAAACAUGUGAGUAGACUUGUGUAACACACACACACACAUGCACACACACAGUUACAGUGCUUGCUCCCCAAACACAUGGCUAUGGAGCCAAGCAUGUCUCUAGUUAGGAACAACCAUAAAACUCUGCCCAGGGGGAAUUGGACCAUGGAAUUAGGCUCGAACUAAGCAUGGAAGAAAGAACAAACUUCCCUUUCUGUUCUCUCAACUUCCUAUCAACGUGCGCUGCAAGAGAGAAGUGAUAUGCUUUCUCUAUGAGACUGAUCAGAGAUACGUAAUGGGUCACUAAUAAGAGAUCUUCCCCAGAACAUCUGUACAUGAACAGAGACAAGCCAAAGGUAUAUAUCUCUAAAAAUGGAAUUGGAAGCAUCAGAGAGCACACCUAAUACCCUACAAAUACCAAGGCACAGAAAGUGAAAUAGCCAUCUGCCUAGCUAGGCUGAAUUGUUUUGGUCAGAAUGUCAUAGAAGAAAAUGUGAUCCACAGUGGGUAAAGAUAAAAUUAGGUUAUUUAACGUGUAUAUAGCACAAACUACCAGCUUGUAAGUGCUCUCCAUAUGCUCGUUUUAUUCUCAUAACAACCCUACAAGCUAAGUAAUAACAUUAUCUCCUUUAUAUAGGUAGGGAAAAACAGGCCCAGAAAGGUCAAGUAGCCCACCCAUGUUCACACGGCUAAUCAGUUCAAACACAAAGUUUCAGGGAGAGAAGUAAGUAGCAUUGGUUAGACCUGCUAAUUCAUGCUAUCUUUUAGUUAAAAUUUCAAUUUUAAUUAUUAUGGGUACAUAAUAGUUGUAUAUAUUUAUGGGGUACAUGUCACAUUUUGAUACAGGUAUACAAUGUAUAAUGAUCAAAUCAGGGUAAUUGGGGCAUCCAUUACCUCAAGCAUUUAUCAUAUCUUUAUGUUAGGUACCCAUGAUAUCUUUUGUUUUUGUUUUGUUUUGUUUUGUUUGUUUUUUUUUGAGAUGGCGUCUUGCUCUGUCGCCCAGGCUGGAGUGCAAUGGCGUGAUCUCAGCUCACUGCAACCUCCACCUCCUGGGUUCAAGCGAUUCUCCUGCCUCAGCCUCCCGAGUAGCUGGGACUACAGGCACCUGCCACCACACCCAGCUAAUUUUAUACUUUUAAUAGAGACGGGGUUUCACCAUGUUGGCCAGGAUGGUCUCGAUCUCUUGACCUUGUGAUCCACCCGCCUCUGCCUCCCAAAGUGCUGGGAUUACAGGCGUGAGCCACCACGCCCGGCCUCCCGUGAUAUCUUUAUGGAAAAUAUUUCUCUAGAUUAUUAUGAAUAAGUGAUCGCUUAUUAGAGGAGAUCUGGGAAUAGGAUAGUGAGUGAGUGAUCUGCCCUAACUCAAGUGCGUGUACAUUCAACCCUCGGUUCUUUUGGCCAUUUACCUGCUCUGAAUUAUACAAAGCAGCUUUUCAUCCCUGGCCAGUGUUAGCAGAUUUUACCUUCUACUUUGCUGUGUCACAUUUAGGGAAUCCAAGUUCAUUUUUCAAUUUGUUUAGGCAAGCAAACUAGAGGAGACGUAGAGAAACUGCUUAGGGAGCUUAUGCAAAUCUAGGGGAGCCUGGGAGGAUAGGCAAUUUGGUACACUAGAAAGAGCAAUGGCCUUGGAGCCAGAUGGAUCCAGAUCCUAGCUCAUUUUGAGGUUUUUCAUGAUUUAUUUAACCUCCCUGAGACUCAGUUUUCUCAUAUGUAAAAUGGCAAUGGUCAUCUUGCUGGGCUGUUGCGAGGUUUGAGAUUAAUAUAUUCAUAUUCAGCGCACAGGUGCAAUGAAACUGAGGUGUUUGAGGUCACACUGCUAGUAAGAGGCAGAGCCAGAUUUUGUAGGCUGUAAACCUAUGCCUACGUGCAGUUAAAGACCAUGCUUGCUCCACUAUUCUGCGGUGCCACCAAGGACUCUGGCCUUCAGGAGCAUGAGCCAGAACUGCACCCCAUGUGACCAGAGUCAAACUUCCAACCCAGAGGGACCUGUAUUAUUCCCUGGCACCUGGUCAUUCUCCUGAAGGGUAAGAGGUGGAGGCACCUCACCCAUCUCACUCUUCCCUCUUGGUUUGGCUCUUCAGAGCAAGGGGCUUCACCUCAGAAGGGUGAAUUUUCCCUGGCACAUAUUUUUCUUAUGGAUUGGGGCUUCACCCUGCUAAACUAAGCAGAACCUAACUUAAAAUGAAAAGGGAGAGGGAAAUCAUAUGUGCACUUGUUUAAAAAAUUGAGCAACUGAAUCAAUUUAGAGUAGGUUUAAAGGAGGUCAGGGCUCCAGCUUCUAUUCUCAUAUAAGCCUUGAACAGAAAAACCACUCAGCCAUAGGUUGUGCCAGAACCCAUUUUAUGGCCUUUUUUAUUGUUAGAGACAGGGUCUCAUUCUGUUCCCCAAACUGGAGUACAGUUGCAUGAUCAUAGCUCACUGCAGCCUGGAACUCCCAGGCUCAAGCAGUCGUCCUACGUCAGCCUCGCAAGUAGCUACGACUCCUCAGCUUGCAGGUAGCAUGCGCCAUCAUGCCUAGCUAACUUUUUUAUUAAUUUUUUUUUUUUUUUUUUUUGGUGGAGACAGCAGUCUUGCUAUGUUGCCCAGGCUGGUCUUAAACUCCUGGCCUCUAUCAGUCCUCCUACCUAGGCCUCCCAAAGUGCUGGGAUUACAGGUGUGAGCCACCAUGCCCAGCCUGUUCUUAAUUCUUCAUUUGCCUUUCCUCUCCUAAAAAUUGCAGGUUACCCCCACAGACUACUCUAUUGCUUUCCAUGUAGCCCAAGCCUGAUCUUUGUUCCCACUCCACCACUAAGUGCAUCCUUGGCAAGUUACUUGACUUCAUUAAGCCUCAGUUUCCUUGUUGUAAGUGUUGCUUUGAGGAUCAGUGAGGUAAUCUACUUAGCAUGGUGCCUGGCAUAUGGUAAGUAAGCACUCAGUAAAUAUUAGACAUUAUUAUUGGUAGUAGUAUCUAACCACUUCUACUUCCCUGUGUGACCAAUUUGAAUCUUUACAGCCACUGGUUCUUUGCAAAUCCUUCUAGGAAAGCCUACUUUCUGCCAAUGUCACAUGGUUAUCUCACAGUUAGGGCUCUUAGCAACUAAACUGAUCUAACUUAACGUUUGAUGACUUUGAUUUAAAGUCCCAAAGGAACCAUCUCAGUAAACAGAUCUCUACCUAAACUUUCUGAGCUCAGAUCUCCUCCUCUGUGAAUCAACUUUCAACAAUAAUCGUAGAUUCUGAAGCAUUAACAGGCCCUCCCUACAUCUGUUGCAUAAAUUUGUUAAUAAAUGAUUAUUGUUUUCUUGGUUCAUUUAUGUAUAUCUUAUCAUUAAGGCAUUCAAUUUUUAAACUAAGUUUUAACUACCUGCAGCAUUCCAGGAAUUGUGCUCUUUAAUUAGAUUAUAAAUUCUUCAGGGGAAAGAGUCGAUCUCUCAUUUCUUUGAGUUUCCUAAAAGUCCAGCACAGUUCUUGGCACACUGGAGGGAACCUCACAGUUCUACGCAAUUACUGUGUCCUUGAAAAAAUGAAUGAAAUAAACAUUUGGGGA